UCACAUAAAAAAAGACAUCGGUCGAUAGUCUCGAUACCUUUGAAUUGAAUCUCACUCAGAUGUAACCAACUCACCUGCACUUCUCCGUCACGACCUACGGAUAAGAUACAGAAAUAGAAAGCUACAACACGUAUAAAAGUGAUGGAUCACCAUUACAGAUUAUAAAACAGUCCCAAUGCACAUUUUAAAAGUCCACCACCAACUAUUCUAACCCCUUAUUUAAAUGCUACACCCACCAAAUAGUUGGCACUAUUAUAGUUAGGUGACCCUUCUUCCUCUUCUUUUGUCCCAGAACUAACUAGCACGAAGCCUUGAAUAGCUUGAUUGCCCUUGCCUCUAAACAAUACAUCACUUUUUAUAAUCGGAAAAAGAAUUAUAAUGGAGACUUUCGUGUGGCAAGGAAAGAUCAACCCUGUCAUAGAAAUGAUGAAUGGUCAAUAUUUGCGCCUACAAUAUGCAGACUACAACCCAGGAGAAACAACUCCAUCAUCAGCAUUUGUUAAUCAUCAACCUGCAGCGGCAAAAGAGACAAUGGAAAAUAUCACCAAAACAUUUUUCAGAUGCAUCAAAUGGCAGGUUGAAGAAACAACAGACCCAGUUAACUGCCCGUACCAUUACUUUUGUGCCAGUAGUUAUCAAGGUGGUGACUACCCGCCUGCCAUUGACAUACUGGUACUACUCUUCACAGCAACCUUGUACCUUGUGACGCUGGUCUUCACCGUACAGGAGAUUGUCUGGAAAAGUACGAGUACUAAUUCAUCUACCACAGCUGCCGCAGGAGAAGGAGGAGACAGACAUCGUGCUAUUCGAUAUAAUUCUGGUGGCAGUGGAAGUCGUCGAAGUAGGAGGUACUGGAUACCAUCUGGUCCCAUCGCCCUCCCUUUUAUUCUCCUAUCUCUUGCCAAGGGCUAUCGCAUCAACACCCUUUCCCCUCUCGCAGAGUGCAUAGGGCCGGCGCUUUUCCAAUUGCUUCAAAUUUCUGCUCUUGCCUUCCCCAAUGAUGAUGAUGAUGACUACAACAUGGAAGGUAAUUUCAAUAAAUGGAAAUAUGAUUUAAAGUACAUCCUGUUUGAGUUGUCAACAGUUUCUGGAAUCUUGCAUGCAAGUCUAUUUUUGGAUUACAUAAUAUUGCCCUAUUAUACGGGCUAUGAUGCACUGAUGUCAUCAACGAGCUUCUCUGGUGAGUGUGCAUCUUGUGUGUGUCGCACUGAGGUUCUGGAGGUAGGAGGUAAACUGGUGUCAUACAGGGGAUGGUCUAUUUCCAUGUUUUCUGUGGUUGGUGUUCUAUGUUUGAGGACUAUCUCCAGAUUGUUAAUGUUAUUCUUAUCCCACUAUGACGAUGAAGUCCACAAGGCAACAGUAUCAGCGAUGGUAAAAAUACUCCAAGUUGUCAUAAAGCCCGCAUUAGAAACUAUGAGCUGGAUGUUGAUAUCAAAAGAUACUAUUUACCUGAUGAAGAAUUCUCCAGAGAGUGAUGGGUCAGCGCCGUUAAGAUUAGCUGCAUAUGGAUGUGCAUGUUUUUUAAUUUUUCUGCAUGUCUUGACGAAGCUGCAGAGUAGACGUAUAGUGCGGGUGCGCGGCGCCAUCAUAAUAACAUGAUGAAGUAUAUCUUAUGCUUUCAACGAUUUGGUCAUUGUAAAUACUUCCAGAUUCUUUGCUGCAAAUGUCUCUGCACCUAAAGAAGCAGACAUAAAGUGGUCAGAAAAUUUGUCAUAAGAUGUAAAGAUACACAAGCAGUUUAUAAUGCUAAAAUUGUUCAUCAGGGUCCUACCUCAAUCUGUUUUGGUGCUGUUGUUCAAUUCUCGAUUUCCCCCGUAAGAUCAGAAAGAGAUUUUUAUAGAUCAGACUCAAUAGUUAAAUGAUCCAUCUUCAUGCAUCACGACUUGGUCUAGGUUGUCAGCUGACAUAGCUGUUCCUUUUGUUAUGCCAACAUCUCCAGUAAACCAUGUAUGACAUGCUUAACUUCUAUAUACACAAGUCUACAAUCUCGUAAAAA